AUGUGGACACAACUUCUGCAAAAACUGCAUCACUGAAUACUGGAAUACUAAUUACCAGUACCUGUGUCCAAUGUGUAAAAAGGUUUUCAACAGUAGACCUGAGCUGCAGGUCAACACUUUCAUCUCAGAGAUGGUCGCUCAGUUCAGACAGUCAGCUCAACAGAAAUCCAGCAGCAGCAGCUCAGAGCAACAAGAGUCCAAACCAGGAGAAGUUCCCUGUGACGUCUGCACUGGAGCCAAACUGAAGGCCCUGAAGUCCUGCCUGGUGUGUCUGACCUCCUACUGUGAGACUCACCUGGAGCCUCAUCUGACAGUGCCAGGACUGAAAAGACACCAGCUGAUCGACCCUGUGGAGAAACUGGAGGACAGGAUAUGUACGAAGCAUAAUAAACCUCUCGAGCUGUUCUGUAAGACC